UGCCCCUCACAGUCUGCAGUCUACGGCGAGGCACAGGCCAGCCCAGCUCCACGAGGAUUGAACAAGGUGCUGUCCCACUGCCACCAUGCCGGAAGUGUAAAGAAAACCCAAGAUCACUGCCUCCCGCAAACUCUUGCUGAAGAGCCUGAUGCUGGCCAAGGCCAAGGAAUGCUGGGAGCAGGAGCACGAGGAGCGCGAGGCUGAGAAGGUGCGCUACCUGGCAGAGCGCAUCCCCACGCUGCAGACCCGUGGCCUGUCCCUCAGCGCCCUGCAGGACCUGUGCCGGGAGCUGCAUGCCAAGGUGGAGGUGGUGGAUGAGGAGCGAUACGACAUUGAGGCCAAAUGCCUCCACAACACCAGGGAGAUUAAGGACCUGAAGCUGAAGGUGAUGGACCUCCGUGGGAAGUUCAAGCGCCCGCCCCUGCGUCGGGUCCGUGUCUCGGCUGACGCCAUGCUCCGGGCCCUGCUGGGCUCCAAGCACAAGGUGUCCAUGGAUCUGCGGGCCAACCUCAAGUCUGUGAAGAAGGAAGACACAGAGAAGGAGCGGCCUGUGGAGGUGGGUGACUGGAGGAAGAACGUGGAGGCCAUGUCUGGCAUGGAAGGCCGGAAGAAGAUGUUUGAUGCCGCCAAGUCUCCGACCUCACAGUAGAGGCCAGCUUGCUGUGCUGCACUCUGAGCUCCUGCUUCAUGCUUCUUCUCCAACCCAGCUCACUCACCUCUCUGCCUGUGUCUGGAGCAUCCCUUCCCACCUCUCCCCCACUUCUUCCCUCCAGCCUGCAUGCCCUCCUCUGGAACUGGGAUUAAACAGAUAUCCAAGAGGCAGGAAAAACGCGAGUGUCUGAAGACCUCACCCUGGCAGGGUGGGCUUCCACCCACCCAUGAGGCACCUGGGGCUUCUCAGCCACCCCGUGGUGUAACAAGUGGAGGAGGAGGAGGGAGUGAGAACACCUUUCCUCCAGCCCUGUGCCACACCCCUUCUAUGUGUGUACAGUGUCCACAGGCAUCACAGCUUCUUCAUUAAAAACUCAGUUUCCUGGUCA